AUGGUUAUUUAAACUAUAUGACACAUAAUCAUUCUUCCAAAUAUUUAACAUCAGUAUCUGUUCCAUUCGAACAAAGUGUACAGAUUGUCUUUUACUGUAAACUAAACUACGAAAACAAGUGCAUAAAUAGUGCACUGAUCCUAAGUUCUCGAGAGAAUCGCCAAACCACAGUUGCUGAUUUGAAAUAAAAAUGCAGUGUUGCCGUUUAUUGGCAGGAGAGCUUCAAACGCUUUCGGAAGAUAAUUUAAAUGAAGCAUCAGAAAGGGCGAAGCACGACAUUCAUCUUAUACAUGAAUGGCAUCGGAAACAACCGCAUUUAAAUUUUCCCAUUGAUGACCAACUGAUUUUGUCCUUCUUGCGAUGCACCAAGUUCAGCAUUGAACGCACUAAACAGAAAAUUGACAACUAUUAUACUAUGAGGACACUUGUGCCAGAGAUUUUAUGUAACCGUGAUCCAUUUUCUGCAGAAAUACAAGCCGUUUUGAGCGCCGGCGUAGUACUUCCCCUGCCCAAUCGCGAUGAAGAUGGUUGUAAAAUAAUUCUAUGUAACUAUCGAUCCAACCUCAACGCCAAUACGAUGCAUUGCAGCAUUAUUGUCAAGGUGAUUUGUAUGGUUUUGGAUAUUCUGUUGCGAGAGGACGACGAUGUGGUUGUCAAUGGCUUAAAGACUUGGGCGGAAUGUAAAGGUUGCCCUUCUGAAUUUUCCAAACAGGUCACACCUUCUUUUUUAAAGAAGGCAACGUGCGUUACAGAGAACGGAUUUCCCUUUAGGGUUCAAGGAAUAUAUACAAAAAAUUGCCCCGCGUUGUUGGAGUUUAUAUACAAUAUUGUGAAGGUGUUUUUCUCAAAGAAACUUACCAACCGAACUUUUCUAUAUAGUGAGUAUAACCUUCACCAAUUCUAUACGAAGAUCCCACAAAUUUCAUUACCUGAGGAGUUUGGUGGUCAAAAUGGAUCAGUAAAGGAACUAACCAGCAUAUGGAAAAAAAAAGUUGAAAGCUACCGAGAUUUCUUUAUUGAAGAAGAGCAGCGAAAGUCCAACGAAAAAUUGCGACAAUGUCAGCAAAUUUUAGAUUCUGACGUCUUUGGAGUAGAAGGAUCUUUUAGAAAGUUAGACAUUGACUAACGUAGAUACAUACACUUCCUGUAUUUAGCUCUAGUUAUGUAUAUAGGUAUCCAAAGGAAACUGCUUCGACAAAGGCUCAUUCAAACAUUUUUUAAUUUUAGUUUUCUUUACAUGCAUUCCAACUACCUCAAGGGGGUGCAUCUAUAGAUAGGUAGUGACGACAAUCUGCCUGGGUCUUUUGUCCAACAGGAAAAUCAUUGAAUCAUUAAUGAUUUGACUACAAUUCCUGAUCUGAGGACGUAAUAUUAAAAUGAUUUCGUAUCCAUUAUUUCGAAAAUCCUCUGAUAGCGAAUUUCUAGCAUACGACUCAAGAAUAUGUUCUAUUAUAAGAGGGAACCUAAAAGCCUACGUAGAGCCAAUGAUUCGAUUUGUCUAUAUGUUGUGAUAAAAGAAAUCUUCUAACAAAAAAGUAAAAAUGUAGAGCAAAAAUGUCGUUCCCAUUGAGGAAAUAAUGUAACUAAAUAAUAUAACGACAUAAUAA